AUGAACCUAAGCUUUUUCGACCAAUUCUCAAGCCCAUCCCUCCUAGGAAUCCCACUAAUUCUCAUCUCAAUAACAUUUCCAGCCCUACUACUACCCUCCCUAGACAACCGAUGAAUUACCAACCGACUCUCAACUCUGCAAUUAUGAUUCAUCAACCUAGUCACAAAACAACUAAUAAUACCUUUAGACAAAAAAGGACACAAAUGAGCCCUAAUCCUAACAUCCCUCAUAAUCUUCUUGCUACUCAUCAACCUACUAGGCCUAUUGCCAUACACAUUCACCCCAACCACCCAACUAUCCAUAAACCUGGCCCUAGCUUUCCCCCUAUGACUCGCCACCCUUCUAACAGGACUACGAAACCAACCCUCCGCAUCCCUGGGCCACCUCUUGCCAGAAGGCACUCCAACCCCACUAAUCCCAGCACUAAUUCUAAUCGAAACAACAAGCCUACUUAUCCGUCCAUUAGCCCUGGGCGUCCGCCUGACUGCCAACCUCACAGCAGGACACCUCCUAAUCCAGCUCAUCUCCACAGCCACAACAGCCCUAUUCUCAACAAUACCAAUAGUCUCCCUCUUAACCUUACUAGUUCUCUUCUUACUAACCAUCCUAGAAGUAGCAGUAGCAAUAAUCCAAGCUUACGUGUUUGUCCUACUCCUCAGCCUCUACCUACAAGAAAACAUUUAA